AUGUGUGAGCAACUUGUUGAGAAUCCAAUUCGGGAGGACCUCGUCCUUGGUCCCGACCUCCAAAGCAAGAAUGGUCUCGGCCUCAAUAAUUGUGAAAGUCUUCCUGCUUAUGUUCCUUUGGUUGAGGAAGCUAAAAGAACUGUGUCAAUAAUGUUCUCUCGCACAAUAAAUGUGCCGGGCAACAUGUAUUCCAAGGGCAAGAUGAAUACCGUUGCCGUUGACGGCACUCUGAGUUCAUUCAACAACCUGGGGAGAGGGAAACAAAGUAUCACCGACUCCAGGAUUGAAAGUGGGGCAAGCAUCCAAAACCCACAUCGUGCCUCUGUCCCUUCCAUAGGAGGAACUGUAAACUCGUUCGUCAAUAAUAGUGAGGGUGAUCAGAAUAUCGAGAAAUCUGUAAUUAAGAGCGGAGUCCGAGAGGUGAAAGAAGAGAUAAAGGAAGUUGGUAUCAAGGAGUUAUGGGAACACUUGGAGGAAAUUGGUGUUGAAGAGGAUUCCGUGUCUACUGCAUAUAUGUACCUUUCUAAAAAUCCUGAUGCUUUAAAGAUUUUUAAUGGUGUUCCAAUUCCUAAGCGCAAGAAAAUGCUACCUAAGAUUAUGUUAUCCAAGGAAUCGGAUCGGAAUGUUAAGAUAACAUAG